AUGUAUGGUCUUAGAGAAGGCUCGACAUGUGGUGAUGUUCCGGCGACAUUGUGUUGUGGUCCAUGCGCACUUUGUCAAGAGGCUCGUGAAAUGAAAUCAAGAAGUCACUAUGCAGGCAAAAGUCGGGAUGCAGAUCACCAGACUACUAGUUUUUCUGUUUUAUAUCAACCAGCGCACAUCAAACAACCUCCGCAAGAGGUACUCGAAUCACGUACUUUUUAA